AUGUCUCUUCUCACUCAGAAGGCUCUGGUUCACUACUCCAAAGGCGGCGACUUUGUCGUCGGUGACGUACCGAUUCCCGUCCCUGGUCCGCAUGAGGUGCUCGUCAAGGUCAUGGCCGUCGCUCUUAACCCGGUCGACUGGAUGAACCAGGCGGAGGCGUACUUCACGCCUUCGUACCCCUUCAUCGCUGGGAUGGAUGGCGCAGGGAUCGUUGAACAUGUUGGGGCCGCCGUUACGACCCUUGUCAAGGGAGACAAGAUUUUGUUCCAGGGCGACUUCAACAAUGAUCACGGGACUUUCCAGCAGUUCUGCCUCGUCCCAGCCGAGAUCGCUGCCAAGAUACCGGAGGGGAUCACCUUCGAGCAAGCGGCGACGAUCCCGCUGGGACUCGGGACCGCCUUUUGCGGCCUCUGGAACCACGACCCUGCUGCAAAGUCUAUCGACUUCCCAGCACCAUGGGAGGAGGGCGGCGCGAAGUUCAAAGGGAAGCCCGCCCUCAUCCUUGGAGGGGCGUCAUCUGUGGGCCAGUACGCCAUCCAGCUGGCGAAGCUCGCCGGCUUCUCGCCCAUCGUCACGUCCGCGUCGCCCCGCAACGCCAAGAUGCUGAGGGCCAUUGGAGCAACGCACGUCUUCGACCGGGCGCUCUCUAACGACGAUGCGCUCGCCAUGAUCCGGACCGCCACCGCGGGCGAAGCCGUCACGUUCGCGUACGACGCCGUCUCACGCACGGAGACCGCUUCGUUGGCGUACGACGCGCUUGCGUCUGACGGCGCGCUGCUGCUAGUCCUGCCAGAUGUGCUCCCCGCGGACAAGCGCGCGAAUGGUGACACGAAGAAGGUGGUGUCGGUGUAUGGCGUAGUGCACCCACCGGAGAACCGCAAGAUCGGUGUAGAGGUGUUUAGCCGUGUCACCGGAUGGCUGGAGACCGGCGUGUUGGUGCCCAACAAAGUCGAGCUCCUACCGGGAGGCCUGAGCGGAAUUCCUGAUGGUCUUCGGCGGAUGAAGGAGAACAAGGUCAGCGGAAUGAAGCUGGUAGCGCUCCCUCAGGAAACGGCGUGA